AUGGGGAUGCUACAAAAAACCAAAACUGAACUACAGGAUUCUCUACAGUGGAUUAUGCAAGCAACCAUGAAUCAAGUAAACAGCACAUUGGAUCAAGUCAUGAACCAAGUUGAAAACUUGAAAAUGGAAAUCGUAGAGCUGAAGGUUAUAAUGAAUGGCAAGCAAUCUCAGCCUGUUGAAAUUCAAGAGGUAGCAGAUUUGAAACAGGGAACUGAUAAACAAAGACCUAAAGUAAUAGCUCUUCAGCAAAAACCUAAAUGGAAUUAUGAAAAAGAAUGGAAUGUAGAAAGAUCAACAAAUAAGCAAAGAUUACAAAAGGGACCCGGAAAACAAAGAGAAGAUAUGAAGAAGAGGACAGAGGAGCCUUUUGAAGACUUAAAGGAAGACAAAUGGAUGUGUUUGUCACUGAUGUUUGUCCCAGAUGAAGGUAAUAAAGACCAUGAGAGACAGAAGAGACUGCUGGACGGUAGAGACUACCCUAUCGCCGGAACGAUAACAAAGAUGAACAAAGAUGAACUUUUUUAUGCUACAAAAUACAAAAGGAACUAUAUGCUCUAUUAUAAACAUUAUAAUCAAGAUUCAGCAGCUAGCCAAACACCCAGGAAAAGGCCAUAUAUGUGUGACAUCUGCUGCAAACAGUGCGAGGCUCCAUCCAAACUAGCUAGGCAUUAUCUUAUAUGCACUGGCCAAAAGCCAUAUGAGUGUCAGGCAUGUUGCAAAACUUUUAGGCAGUUGGUCCAUCUGGAAAGACAUCAGCUCACCCAUAAUCUGCCUUUUAAGUGUAACAUUUGUCACAAGAACUUGAAAAAUGUAGUCACAUUCCAAAGACAUCAACAGCUUCAUGUAGAGAACUAUCAGGGUGAUGCUAAGCAAGCUGAAAGAUCGAGGAGUGCCAGGCAAGAGAAACUUGAGCAGAGGUUGUUUUGUUGUUCCAUUUGCCAAAAACACUUUGCAAUGAAAGUGCAGCAUCAGUGCAUGAGGUCUGAUCAUCUGCAUGGCGCCAGAAGGAAGAACAUGCAUAUGUGCCAGACAUGUAGCAAGAUGUUUCCUUCACAAUCUAAGCUCAUCCACACUGGCUAGAAGCCAUUUAAGUGCUACAUAUGUGGUAAAUCUUCCAGGCAGUCAACACACUUGAAAAUCCAUCACCUCAUACUCAUGGAAGAGAAGCCUUUCCAGUGUUUUCUUUGCCAGAAGAGAUUUAAAGCUCAGAGCAAACUCCUGAAGCACAAACUUCUCCGUGCCCCAAAACAGGCUCUCUCUAGAGUAAAGCAGAGUGCAAUGAACCUUAUGCUACAGGCACUACAGGGAGAAAUAUCGAAAGAUGCCAGGACUGUUACUGCAUAUGAGUCCCAGGAAGGGGAACACUUUGGUUUCCACUGCAUUUAUGUUGUACCUUAUCAGUGCUCUGCUUGUGAACAACGUUUUGAAAUGGAGAGGAUGUUGGAUUUUCAUAUAAUGUGA